CGAAACACUUAAAAAAGCAUUCGUGCACAGCAGUAAUGAACAUUAUGAUCUUGCGUGCCAUGAAAAGAAUUACUCUUAUAGCAUAAUGCUAUGAUGCUGAACGUGUCUUAAAUUAAGUUGAACUAAAUUGCAUUCCUCACUAUCAAUAUCAAUAAAUGUAUAGUCCAUAUAAAUAAUUCACAGUUUUAAGGAGAGUGCAUAUCUUGCGAUUGUAGAGAUAAAUGCAAUUUUAUAAUUAGAACUGAAUAUGGCUAAAUGGAUAUAAUACAAACGUUUAUGUGUAAAAUGCAUAAAAGAAAUAGAUAAUUAUUAAGUUAUAUUCUAUCAUAUAUAAUUCUCGGUAUCUGUCGACCAAAUAAUUUGUACAGUCGAUAUAACUUCUAUAAUAAUCUAUAUAUCCUAUAAUAAUAUAUAAUAACUAUAAUAGUAUGUAUCAACCAGCGCUAUAGCUACCAUAAAAUAUGUGACAGAGAAUUAUCUUCAAACCUUAUAAUGAGAGUCUUUAAGUAUAGGUUAUGGUACCCAUAGAACUGUCUUACUGGCUAAUAAAUCUAUGUUCAGGUUAUAUCGAAGGCUAUAUAAGAAGAAACGAAUACCGUCCAUAGACACGUUAAAACUUCAUGUAACGAAGUUUGCAGUCCAAAGAUUUCUUUUUGUAAACAAUCAUAUGUGUAUGUAGCACCAGCGAAGUUCAGUGUGACGAGAGGAAUGGGUUUUAAGUACGACACUCCUGUGUGCACUGUUUUCAUCAUCGUCAGGAUUAUCUUGAUAGUAAUCUGUUGUAAUUGUCUAUAAAUGACUGUGACUACAUUUACUAAAUUAUUAUGCAUAUUUGUAUCUGUGGUCGUCAACUACACUCAUGAGCGAAUAUUGAUAGCUUGACCUAACCUAACUUAUUUCAAGCACGUGACCUCUAUCGUGGAGGUACAUACAUACAUUUCACUUUAUUGAAGUUUGCACAGAAGUUUGAAUAAUUUGUGCGAGCUGAAAUAAGCUGAAAUAAUGCAAUUACAAUGGCGCAACGAUUAAAUACCAAAGCAAAGCUUAAAUCGCUUUUCGCUGUGACGAGCAGUGCUGUCGCUUUAUUCGGUGGUAUUUCGCUCUAUCAGGGCCAUGAAAAAUUUUACAGCGAAAUUGCCAUACCUCUGGUUCAGCAGUUAAAUCCGGAAACUGCCCACAAUCUUGCGGUAAAAGCUCUACAAUGGGGUUUUGUGCCAAAACAAGAAAUGGAAGAUUCAAGUUUGCUUCGAACCACAGCUUGGGGUCUGCAGUUCAAGAAUCCAAUUGGCAUGGCUGCAGGAUUUGAUAAGCAAGGAGAGGCGGUUGAAGGAUUACAUAAGAUUGGUUUCAGUUUUGUAGAAAUAGGAUCCGUGACGCCUAAACCUCAAUCUGGUAAUCCAAAACCUAGAGUAUUUAGGUUGCCUGAGGACAACGCUGUCAUAAACAGAUACGGUUUUAACAGUGAUGGCCACGAUGUUGUAUGGCAACGUCUCAAGAAAUUGAAGGAGAAUAAAAAUUUCAAUGGCAUUCUUGGAGUAAAUUUAGGAAGGAACAAGGAAACAGAAGAUCCUGCGCAGGAUUACAUCGAUGGCAUAAAGAAAUUCGUGGACACAGCUGAUUAUUUUGUGAUCAAUGUAUCCAGUCCCAACACCCCGGGAUUGAGAUCUUUACAAAGCAAGAAGAAUUUGGUCGAGUUACUGACCAGAAUAAAUGCAGCAAGGGAAUCAGUAGGCAGUAAGCAGCCGUUGCUUCUAAAGCUGGCUCCAGAUCUGUCAGAUGCUGAACGACAGGAUGUGGCAGAUGUGAUUUUAAAUAAAAAAACUAGAGUCGACGGCUUAAUUUUGUGUAAUACGACAAUCACGCGACCGAACUUAAUUAAUCCAAACAAGAAAGAAAGCGGUGGCCUCAGUGGUGCACCCCUUAACGAUAUUUCCACUGCUAUGAUUUCUGAUAUGUAUAGGCGAACACGCGGCAGGAUUCCGAUUAUCGGUGUAGGUGGUGUUUUCUCUGCUGCUGAUGCUUACGAUAAAAUAAAAGCGGGAGCUUCUUUAGUGCAAGUUUAUACUUCGUAUAUAUAUAAUGGACCACCAAUAGUUGGCAAGAUCAAAAAAGAGCUAUGUGAAAUACUCAAAACGAAUGGUUUUUCUUCUGUGACUGAUGCAAUUGGGAAGGACACAAAGAUUAGAUGAAUAUUUUUAGUCAAUGCUAUAGUUCUUAUUGGCAUGAAUAUUUUAUAAUAUUUAAAUUAUAAAAUCAAUUAUAAAUAAUACUAUAUAAAGUUGAUCAUAUAUUGUUAUUAUAAUUAACUCUACGUACGUAUAUUAUUAUAAUAAAAUAAGAUUUCUAAUUGUUUUUAAUUAAAGCACAAUUGUUUAUAUCAAUCCAUUUUGAUUUUAUGACAUCCAAGGAAUGAUACAGUAUAAAAUUCUUGCGUUAACAGUUUUAUUUUUCAAUUUUUAAAGCACAAAAAUAAUAUUUUUUUAAUCUUAAAAAAUGUGCCAAACACUCUGAUAUCUUUCUGAUACAUUCCAUAGAAUUGUAAAAUAAUUCCCGAAAUAAGGGUAAUUUUUCAACUAUCACAGUGGUUCUGACAGCUAAACUACGAUUUAAUAUUACAAUUUUAGUACUGUGUCAUCGCCAAAAUAAAAUUUUUGGCAUUUCGUACUUCUGAAGAUUACAAAACUUUAAAUUUUCGAUGAGAAAAUUAAGAUGCAAGAAACUUUUCAAUGUAGAAAAUCAUGUCUACAAUUUCCGACUUUUUUUACCUAUGCAUGCGUUAGAAUUCUUGAAUUCUAAGAUUGUUGGUAAUUAUUGUUACAUGCAUAAUGCAAUAAAUUUGAAAACUUGUUAUAUUGAUAGCGCAUUAAAAUGGAUAUGAUUCAUGAGCAUUAAUUAUAAACAGUUACUUCACAGCUAUAUCCAAUUCACAUUAUUAUAAUGUUUUAUAUAUGUUUUUUUGUACUUAAACGUCACUUGGGAGUUGUUUGUGAAUGUUAUUUAUAGCGUAUAGAACACAUGGAAGCGUAAAUAGCGUCAAUAAUUACACCAGGAAAAUGAGGAAUAAGAUUUUUUGAUGCAAAUUACACAUUAGAAUCGAUUGAUCUUUGCGCCUUUAAUAUUCCUGCUUGAAUAAAUAUUCUGUUUAUAUAA